GACAAGGCGCGCUCUCGGGAGGCGGCGGCGGCGGCGGCGGCAGCAGCAUCGGCAGCAGCCCCGGGCGGCUUCGGACCCGGCCGGACGCACAGACAAGCGGACAGAGGGCGGCAGGGGCGCCCGGCCCGGCGGGCCAUGGAAGGAGCCUCGUUCGGCGCGGGCCGCGCGGGGGCCGCCUGGGACCCCGUGAGCUUCGCGCGGCGGCCCCAGACCCUGCUGCGGGUCGCGUCCUGGGUGUUCUCCAUCGCCGUCUUCGGGCCCAUCGUCAACGAGGGCUACGUGAACACCGACAGCAGUCCCGAGCUGCGCUGCGUCUUCAACGGGAACGCGGGCGCCUGCCGCUUCGGCGUCGCGCUCGGCCUCGGCGCCUUCCUGGCCUGCGCCGCCUUCCUGCUGCUCGACGCGCGCUUCCAGCAGAUCAGCAGCGUCCGCGACCGCCGCCGCGCGGUGCUGCUCGACCUGGGCUUCUCGGGGCUCUGGGCCUUCCUGUGGUUCGUGGGCUUCUGCUUCCUCACCAACCAGUGGCAGCGCACGGCGCCCGGGCCCGGCACCGCGCAGGCAGGGGACGCGGCCCGGGCCGCCAUCGCCUUCAGCUUCUUCUCCAUCCUCAGCUGGGUGGCGCUCACCGUGAAGGCCCUGCAGCGGUUCCGCCUGGGCACCGACAUGUCGCUCUUCGCCCCCGAGCAGCUGGGCGCCGGCCCGGGCCAGGCCUACCCCGGCUACCCGGUGGGCAGCGGCGUGGAGGGCACCGAGACCUACCAGAGCCCGCCCUUCGCCGAGACCCUGCACACCAGCCCCAAAGGGUACCAGGUGCCCGCCUACUAGUGGCCCACAGGGGCGGACGCCAGUGCCCGGUACCGAGGCCAGCCCCGGGGGUAGGGCCUGGGCUGCCCCCCAAGUUCCCCCAGGCCCCUGAGGCCCCAGCCCCAGGUCUGAGUCCCUGAGAAGGGCGUAACACUGCACGGGAUGGGUGUCCUCCAGCCUGGAGAGGAGGGUCCUGGGGCCAUCCCCUCGUGGGCCAGCCAGCCUGGGCUCACCUGUCCACUGCCCUCCACAGCGGGGGGCAGGGGCUGCCAGGGGGCAGGGGCACAGCCCCAGGACUUCCAGGGCCCACCACCCCAUCCCUAGCACAUGGCCCCAGGGAGUGCGGCCAUGGUCCCCUGGCAGUGUCCCCGUGGGUGGUGACUGCCCUCGCUCGCGUGGUGGGGGUUCGUUGUGUCGGGCAGGGCCUUCUGUCCGGGCGCCCCUCCGUUUAGUCUCAGCCUCUCUAGAGCCGCCCCAGCCCUGUCGGUGUUGUGAUCGUGGUCGAGUCUUCAGGUGUCACCUCUCCGGUCCCCACAAGCCCCCCUCUGUUUGUGGCCUGUCCCUCCCCCCACCUGCCCUGGCCCAGGACCCACCCGGCUGUGGGCGGUUCUGGCCAGGAGGGUGCAGGAUGGCCGUGGGCUGGGACCCUGCACGAGGGAGGGUCAGGACACACGAGUGCCCAGCAAGACCAGCCCUCUCUCGAGGAGGGGGCCUAGAGGGUCCGUCUGCCCACAGUGGCCAAGGAGGUGGCCGUUCCAUGCAAACCCCUUUACCUUGGCUUCCUGGACCUGUCCCAUCCCACCCAGAACCCCCCGCCCAGCUUGAGGUCGGGGUCCCCACACAUAGCUGACUUAGCCGACUUCUCACGCAUUGCUCCAAGCUGGCUUUUCACAUUUACUUGACGCCAAACGUGGUUGCCACAUUCCGUUCCUGGGGACAGACACCGCCCCUGGAAUUGCCAAUGCGCAACAUCCCUGUACAUUGUAGCGUAGACUGGUCAUGUGCGCAUAUUUAAGUGAACAUGUUUACAGUUUUUGUAUAUAUUGACCUCUCCCUCCCUCUUCUGAAGGAACAAUCCAUGAUUGUGUAUUUUCAGUGUCCGGUGUCCCACCUGCAACUUCUUUACAAUAAAGACUGCACCUGAAUUGACUGUG